AAAUGGAAUCAUCGGAAAGGGAAGGAAGAAAAAGAAAAAGAAGAAGAAGAAGAAGAAGAAGAAGAAAAGAUUCAUAGAAAAGGAAAACUGUACCCGAUCAAUUCAAAAUCGCCUGUGAUGGAAUUGAAGAGAUGCAGAAAGAAGAAUAUGGAGAGGGAGAUGAAGGAAGCGAAGAGGUAUACCUAAGCGAGAGUGAGGAGGGAGGAAGCGAUAGGGGGGAAGUUCGUGACCUUUCGUUUCUAUGUUGCAGAAAAUCAGACGAUGGAAUUUUAUCUACGAGCAAAACAGAAACGAGAGAAUCAGAUCCAAAUUCGUUGGCGCUUUUUUGUGACGCCAAAGGGAAAGAGAGGCGUGUUGCGAGAACCGGACCGACUCGCCGGUCGGAUGGUUCAACAGUUACUUUUUAAAUAUUAUUUCUUCUUUUAUUCCAAAUUAUCUUUAUUUUAAUUUUUUGGGAGAAAUAAUUUGUGGUAAUGUUAUAAUUAUAAUAUUAUGUAAUAUUAUAUAUUUAUAUAUGAUCAAAGAGAAUUUUAUAUUGAAAAUAGAGAGUUAAUAUAAGAGAUUUAUAUAUGUGAAUAUUUAUGAAUAUAAAAGAUUAAUCUUUUA